GGGAACAACCCACGCCAAGCUGUCCUGAAUAUCUUCUUUUUUGACGCCACAGGGCCAGAUUGGCAGAUUCACGUUUUUUAUAUGUUUGCUGUACUCAUCUUCAUUAAUACCAUUAACUAUUCGAUUACCGAAUGAUGUAAGUAAGAUGUACGACCGUGAACGUAUGACUAAAUGUAUGAAUAAUUCCAAAAAGAAUUCCUCGAUUCGCAGAAAAAUGCCAUCGGUUGUCCGAUAAAUUUUGAUGCUCGUUUUCACUUUUGCUACGUUUUUUGGAGAUCUGACUUCCAUCUUGACUUCGAAAUGAAAUUGAAAAAUGACUUUCGUUCAUAUGAAAAUGGAGUUCAAGAAAACGGACAGAAUGGACAGGAAAAUUCUAAUUUGAUCCAUAUUCCUGAACCAGAACACAGACUCCAGUUUACCUACUGCUUAUGGUUUUCUCAUCGACCUGGGGGCAAAUUGGUGGCUGUACAGCCCUAUGAUCAGAAUUUAAAAAUGAUUGCUUCUUUUAACACAGUAGAAAAGUUUUGGAGUGUUUAUGGCCACAUUAUAAGACCUUCAGAUAUGGCAGUACAUAGUGAUUUUCAUCUUUUUAAACAAGGCAUAAAGCCCAUGUGGGAGGAUGAAGCAAAUAGAGCAGGAGGAAAAUGGAUUGUUCGUUUGAGAAAAGGCUUAGCAUCUCGAUGUUGGGAAGAUCUUAUUUUAGCAAUUUUAGGUGAACAGUUUAUGGUGGGAGAAGAAAUUUGUGGAGCUGUGGUUUCUGUUCGGUUUCAGGAAGACAUAAUAUCUGUUUGGAAUAAAACGGCUAGUGACCAGCAUACAACCAUCCGCAUCCGUGACACCUUAAAAAGAGUAUUAAAUCUUCCUCCAAACACUAUAAUGGAGUAUAAAACACACAAUAAUAGUUUGAGAGAUAAGUCCAGCUUUCGUAACACAGAUGUCUUUCUACACUGAUAAAUUACAAUGUGAAAUCACAUUGUAUAUUUUUGAUUUACAAUAAAUAUUUACAAACUUUAUAUUGCUCAUAUUCCUAAUAUUCUGUAUUAUAGAAAUAAAAGUAAUAUCAAUUUUCCCAA